CGCCAUGGCGCCGCCGCCGCCGGCGGCGCCGCCGUGCCCCGGCCUGACGGAGCUCGCCCUCCGCGUCGCCAGGAGGAUCCAGGCCGGCGGUGCCCCCGACGGCAACCUCGUCUUCUCGCCGCUGUCCGUGUACGCCGCGCUCGCGCUGGUGGCCGCGGGCGCCGGCGGCGACACGCUCGCCGAGCUCCUCGGCGUUCUCGGCGCGGGCUCCCGGGACGAGCUCGCCGGCCUCGCCGGCCGCCUCGCGGGGCGGGCGCUCGCCGACCGGUCCCGCGCCGGCGGGCCGCGCGUGUCGUUCGUGUCCGGCGUGUGGUACGACAAGACCAGGACGCUCUCGCCGUCGUUCCGCGACGCCGCCGUCCAGUCCUUCAUGGCGGAGACGCGCGCCGCCGACUUCCGCGAAAAGCCAGGGGAGGCGGUGAACCAGAUCAACGCGUGGGCGAGGAAGGCGACGAACAAGCUCAUCGACACGGUCAUCGACGGUGGAUUGCCCGCCGACACCGACGUCGUCGUCGCCAACGCCGUCUACUUCAAGGGCAAAUGGAAGGAUCCCUUCACGAAGGCGUUGACCAAGACCGGCAAGUUCCACCGCCUCGACGGCGCCGCCGUCGACGCGAGCUUCAUGCAGAGGGGCACCUACUACGACACGGGCGAUUACAUCGCCUGCCACGACGGGUUCAAGGUGCUCCGGCUGCCGUACGACGACGAACGGCGCCGCUCCCCGGCGUCGCCGCCGCCGCCGCCGUCGACGCCGCGCUUCUCGCUGUGCGUCUUCCUCCCCGACGCGCUCGACGGGCUCUGGGACCUCCUCGACGAGAUCGCGUCAACCCCGGGCUUCCUCCAGGCGAAGCUGCCGACGAGGCACGCGUCCGUCGGCGAGCUCAAGCUGCCCAAGUUCAAGCUCACCUUCUCCGGCGACAUCGCCGGCGUCCUCCGCGGCCUGGGCCUCGACGCCACCUUCAGCGACGGGGAGGCCGACUUCUCCAAGAUGGUGGAGGACGACGGCGGCAGGCGGCCGCUGUCGAUGAGGAGCCUCGUCCACAAGGCCGUGAUAGAGGUGAACGAGGAAGGCACCGAGGCGGCCGCCUCCGCCAUCAACAUGGUGUGCGGCAUGAGUAUGACGCCGGAGCCACGGCCGGUGCCGGUGGACUUCGUCGCCGACCAUCCUUUCGCCUUCUUCGUCAUCGAGGAGACGACGGGCGCCGUCGUCUUCGCCGGCCACGUCCUUGAUCCGAGCUCAACGGCCGGAGCUUUGGAUGAUGACGACGACGACGACGAGUUCGUCGUAAUGGGAUGUCUUCGCUAUCUUUUGGAUCGCUGCAUGGCAUUUGUUGGGGUUUAGAACUUGGUCACGAUGCAGCGGUACAAAGAUAGCUUGUACUCCCUCCGUACAACAAUAUAGGCAUAACGUACGAUUUUUUUUUAUUUUUUUUCCUGUUACAGAUAGAUGAAAACUCACAUGUCAAUAAAA